CAAACGCAGAAGAAGAGCAAAACACACAAGCUAGUGCACUUUAUAUUCGAUCUAAUGUAAAAUAUCCACUAAAAUAACAACAGAAGGCAUCGGAAGACCCCCGUAACACAUCUGUAACAAUAACAUUUCAGCUCAGAAACAGUCAUGAUUCGAUUUACUAUAGUGUGAAAUACACAAACUCAGCUUGAUAUGAGCAGGAUUAAUUGAUCAUAUUGAGAAAUGAAGCUGAAAGAGCUGGAGAGUUGCCUUCAGCAAGUGGAUGGAUUUGAGGAGCCCAAAAUACUCCUGGAGCAGUAUCCCACCAGCCCUCACAUCGCAGGCUGUAUGUUGUACACCAUCCACAACACAUUUGAUGACAUACAGAAUAAACUGGUGGCAGAUCUGGGCUGUGGAUGUGGAGUUCUGUCUAUAGGAGCUGCAGUCCUUGAUGCUGGCUUGUGUGUUGGAUUUGACAUCGAUGAAGAUGCCUUGGACAUAUUCAGAGGAAAUGUUGAAGAGUUUGAACUGCCAAACAUCGAUGUGGUCCAGUGCGACGUGUGCUCGAUUGGAUCUUCUUAUGCUAAGAAGUUUGACACGGUCAUCAUGAAUCCGCCGUUCGGCACAAAACACAACCAGGGUAUUGACAUGCAGUUCCUGCAGACAGCGAUUUCCAUGGCAACCACAGCAGUGUAUUCCCUUCACAAGACCUCAACACGAGAUCACAUUCAGAAGAAAGCAAAGGACUGGAAAGUGAAAAUGGAAGUCAUAGCAGAGCUUAGAUACGACUUGCCGGCAUCGUAUAAGUUCCACAAAAAGAAGUCGGUUGAUAUUCAAGUGGACUUCAUUCGCUUCACUCCAACGUAAAGUUUUUGGGGGCAAAUGAGAAGAUUGUGUUUGCUUUGCAAAAUUUUAUUACAAUUUUUUCAGUGUUUUAAAAAUAAAUUUUCCCAAAUGAACAUA